AUGAACUGCUCCAUCGAGCAAGCCCUCCUCUCCCUCAUCCCAACCCACAACGCCGCCCUCCCCCCACAACUCACCGAGCUCGCCAGCUCCCUCCUCGCCCAAUCCCGUCACAAAGCCAGCACCCUCAAAGCCGAAGAGGAGAUCGCCCGCCCCUACGCCUGUGCCCACAUCGCCUGCGAAAGACUCAAAACCACCCUCAACUUGCCCCCUAUUGAGCCCCGGCCACCCAUCCCGCCACGCAUCUACAAACGCCUCUACAGCCAUCUCGAUAAAAUCCUCCCAUCUGGCACUGGAACCCCAGGGCGAGGGACACCAGCUCGCGGUGGUCUUGAAGGUCGUGUCCGCACACCGAGUACAAAACUAAGAGAACAACUUGCGCCGCUUGGUACCUCACCACAAGCAAGCAAAAGCAGGCCUCUACCAGGGAGAACAACUCCAAGCAAGGAGAAGUCGCUAGCGGACUUUCGGGACAGUAACGCAGAUGGCACGCCUUCAAAGAAGAAGUUAGGGACCACCCCCCAGUCAAAAAGAAAGCCACCACCUUUACCGUUAUGGAUCCGGCCAACGCUGCGGUUUUUAUGCAAGGAACUCGGCCCAGCCAGUAUCGGCCCUAUCGUGGCCUCCGGGAUUGAGUCUAUCGUUUGUCCCAAUGGCAAACCGACAGAGGACGAGUGGGUGAAAAUCAACCUGGUCUCGUUACUCGGUGCUCUGUAUCUGUUUGUCUGGCGAGGCAUUACGUUUCCCGGCCAAGAUCUGGAUCAGUCGACGUACAUCAAGUUCCGGAAGCAACUCGUGGCUACUUUGAAUAGAGCCAGGAAGGAGGUCGAGGUCAAUGUUAAGGACGGUGAUGCUGAGAAGGCGUGGGAGUGGUGGUAUGAUGUCAAGCUCAAGGAUCUGGAUAUGUCUGCCUUGGUGAUCAACCGUCAUGGUUGGUUGGAGUUGGACUGGGCAAAGGGCGUGCAGGAUUUUGUGCAUAUGAAUGAAGAACGAGCACGGGAUGAUGAGGAGGAUGCAGAGAGAGAAGAGAGGAACGCGGAACCCGUCCAGCUCAGGCGGGCGGAUACGAUGUUCCAGGAGAGAUACGACUUUCUCACUGACAGGAAAAGGAAGGCGUAUGCUGAGUGGAAGGAGGGGAUCAUGAAGAGGAUCAAGGCGCAGGGCUGA